CCUUCGACGGUCGGCUCUUCUGGAAUGAAUUCCACGAAAUGGUUAUGUAAAGGUCCCUGGAUCAUAUGAUAGAAUCCGUGCAUUCGAAGUCAUUGGGGAGGACGAUCGUCGUCUUGAGCCUUCAAUGCCACCAGAAAUUCUGGCUCUUACUACAUAUACUUCAGCAUGUGUUGGGGCAGUUCACCUUGAGGAACAAAGAGUGAACAACAUCCCUUUUCCCACCUCUCGGGCUUUCAGCCGAACAGCCAUUCUCUUCCGCGACUCACCUGGCUGCGCGUUCGCUGGUGUGAGCGUGGAGACCCUCUUGGUUGGACCAAAUUUUCUGUUAAUCGUUGUCAUCAGCUUAUAGAUCGCAAUGUGCAAUUUCGCAUGUAUCGUGAAACCUCUGGCUUACAUAUCACUUCCAUUCAUCAUCCUCCGAUCCAUUGCUUCCAACUCUCCGACUGGUCGUUAUUACUGGAGGCUGACCGUUUUUCUCGGAACGUUGGUGGUGGCAUCCACAUGGGGCGUCGUAGUUGCCGUUGGCAUGACCUUGAUCGGUCGCCGAAACGAUGUCAACUACAUCGUCGCGCGCACUUUCUAUGCCGUUGCUAGCUAUGCACUUGACAUCACCGUGGAGGUAGAAGGGGAGGAACAUUUGCAAACCCGGCCUGCCGUUAUGGUGGCCAACCACCAGAGCAUGCUUGAUAUUUUAUAUUUGGGAAGGAUGUUUCCCCAGAAAGCAGCCAUCAUGGCAAAGAGGGAGCUACAAUGGACUCCACUGGGUCCUUGGAUGUUCAUGUCCGGUGCUGUAUUUAUCGACCGUGGCAAUAGCUCCAAGGCUCGUGCGUCGCUGGAGGCUGCAGGGGAGAAGAUCAAGUCCAAGCGCAUUUCACUCAUGAUGUACCCCGAAGGUACACGACAUUGUCAAGAAGAGCCUUCCCUUCUUCCCUUCAAGAAGGGAGCAUUUCACAUGGCGGCCCAGGCUGGGAUACCGAUAAUACCCGUUGUCUGCGAAAAUUAUUGGAGGAUAUACCAUAAGGGUGUCUUCGAUACAGGGACCAUCAAGCUGAGAGUUCUCCCACCAAUAUCAACCGUUGGUUUGACCGUGGCAGAUGUUUCUGAACUUGCGGCUCGUGUACGGGAUCAGAUGCUGGAUACUUUACGUGAAAUCUCAGCUAAGGUGACGGUAGCACAAGAAUCAGAUGAGAUCCAACAACCUACGCCGGAACUCAAGCCUUCCUUGGCAAAAGAAGAGGAUAUACCGAUAGAAACCAACAAAGUUCUGCCAUCCGUGUUGGAGACGCCGAGCGAGGGGACAAGCGAAACCAGUGAAGUUGUCAAAGUCGCAAGGAGUUUGAGAUUGGAUGGUAGCGUGAGCGAGUACGGGGGGGAAACGGACGAUGAAGGCAAUGUCCUAGUUGGGCGACGGGACAAUUCGUAACGGGAUUUUGAUUAUGUAGCGUACGGCGCGAUUUAGCAAUAGUAUUAUGUACAUGCAUGCCUGGAAUGCUGUUAGACAGAUACCCCUCUCC